AAAACGGGCUUUUGAUUUAUUCUUUCCGUUGCGCCUUGACCUCGUGUGAUAGAAACUUCAGGCAAAGGCACGCAAACGGGCUAUUUGUUUCUUUCCGUUCCGUUUCCAUUGAUGUUUGGUUGUUUGAUUUUUGUUUCCGAUGUGUAGCUUUAAGUAACAACCCUAGAUGCGCAAACCAGUUAUAACCAGCGGGCAGUGGUGUUUCGUUCGUGAUGCGAUAUUCGAAGAGCAACUUCCAUGUGUGGGCCUGCUGCUACUAUUCGCUACUAUUGUGUCUGAUGCCUUCGGGAGCUGCCCAAAUUGAUGGGAACCACCGCGAAGGUGAUGAUGGUAGUGACGGUGUUGGUCGUAGUGCGAUACAUUCGGACCCGGAUAACUUGGUCGCCGACGAUCCACACCAUGAUCUUUACCAUCAGAAACAACCAUCGCAAGUACCCUAUCAACCACCCAGCAGCUAUCAAUCCACGGAACGAGUGUCGGAGUCGUCCCACCAACCUCAACAGCAACUCUCGCAAUAUCCUGCAAAAGGGACCACUGGCUCUCCGUCAUACCAGCAACCUAAACAGCGCCAAACCCAUCCAUAUCCGCAGCAUCAUCAUGUGGCUCCAUCAGUGACUCCUUCUUCAUCAUCGAAACAAAGCUUGUCUACUGGCGAAACCGGAAGCAGUAGCAGUAGCAGUUUGUUGCACUCAUCGUCUGCGGGAAGUGGAAUGCAACAACUUCCGUCUCCGGGUCGCUCACUCGAGACCCGUAACUCGUACGCUGUCCUUAGUCAAGCGAUGUCGCAAGCAGUGCAUCAUGAAUUCGAUUUUCUCUUCCUGAUUUCAGGAACUUACGGGAGUGGAUCGGUGGCUGCCGGCGACGGUGGAGUGGGCGUUGGAACGGGAGCUUGUUCGAUCGACGACAUUGACUGCUUGGCACAUCACGACCAACUGGGUAUGGAGGCGAUACGCUCCCUACAUCGGCAGCUUGAUGAUGAUGAUAAUGGUGAUAUUGAUCUUUCUGAAUCGGAUGACUUUCUACGCGAAGAGCUCAAAUAUGACUCAGGCUACGAGAAACGCCAUAAAGCGUUCCACUUCAACGAUGACAUGCACAUUUCGGUGAAGGAAUUGUGGGAAGCUUGGCUACGGUCAGAGGUGCACAACUGGACUGUUGACCAGACGACCGAGUGGUUGGCACAGAGUGUUCAGUUGCCACAGUAUGUGCAUCUCUUCCGGUUGCACAAGGUUACCGGAAAGGUGCUACCUAGGCUUGCUGUGAACAAUAUGCAUUACGUGAGCAACGUGCUCGGUAUCAAGGAUCCGAUCCACAAGCAAAAGAUCGCCUUAAAAGCAAUGGACGCCGUGCUAUUUGGUCCUCCAAGAGAGACCGGAACGCGGUGGAAGGAUCUGUUACUUGUGACGCUCCUACUGACUGCUAUCAUAGGCAGCUGGUAUGCAUAUCACCAGAAUAAAAAUGCAAAAAUUCAUAUCCGACGCAUGGCGAAGGAUGUGGAAGGGCUACUGAAGGCGGAGGUAGCACUGAAGGAGAUGCAAAAGGAGCUCGAACAAGCGCGCCUUGAACAAGAAAACGUCGGUAAAGAGAAGCUCGAUCUAGAGCGGCGGUUACGCGAGGCGCCCACUCUCACAACUUCGAGCUCCGAUCUUGAACUGCAGCAGUUAAAGCAGGAGAUCGAGAUGCUACGCUUAGAGCUGUCUCGGGCUGAAGGAGAAAUUAACGAUCAUUGCUGGACACCGCCGCAGGGUCUGCAAAGUUGGCUGCAGCUAACGUACGAGCUGGAGCACAAACAUCACAUACGGAAGCGUGUAAUGGCAGAAAAGCAGCUGGAGCAGGCGCGUGAAGCAUGCGAGAAGCUUAAGAAAAAGCGUUCCAGCCUUGUUGGCGCUUUCGUGUCAACACACGGCAAAAGCAUUGACGAUGUUGAUCGAAGCAUCGUCGAGGCGCGAAACGCACUUAACGACGUCACAAAUGAUCUACAGGAACGGAUGCAUCGGUGGAAACAGAUCGAAACUCUUCUCGGUUUCAGCAUCGUUAACAAUAGCGGCAUUGCACACUUGGAAAAUUUACUCUACAACCGCAACGGUGUCGGUGGCAAAUCCUAUCGAUCCCGACUGUCCAGCAGCCAGGACGAUUUGGAUGACGAUUCCGUGCAAGGUAAGCCGCUCAGCUUUGACAAUUUUUCUAUGUUCUCGUCGGAAUGAUGAAGAAGAAAAUGGGCUUGAAAAACGAGCUCCUUGGGAAGCUCUUUGUUUGGUGCCAAGAUCGUGGAGCCAGACAGGCAGCAAUAAAGCGUCCAUUCAUCGUCCACGUACAUUUAGUUACUCGUAAAUGUUUAUGUUUGUUAUUAUUAA